UCCAUUGAAAACUUUAAUUUCAUUAUUUCUUUACUUUUACUUUAACUUUAAUUUAAUAUUUCAGAUAAUUUGUAUUAUCAUUGAGAUUUCAAUAACAUUGUCUGCUGUUUGAGAACUGUUCUUUUGAUGAUUUUUACGUGUUAUACGAAGUUCCGCAAUAGUAUUCCCUAAAAUAUCAUACUUAAAGGAAAGGAUACUAAUUGUCACGGCGCGCCUCCAUCAUAUGAAAUUUCGAUAUUUUUUCCGUGUAGAUGGCUAACAACAGAUAGCAAAGGCUGUGCGAAAGAACCUUUAAAGUUGUCAGGAAGUAGUUCGGAGAGAUUUCUCUAAAAGAAGAAUAAGCGACUACUGAUAGAAGCAUUUUGUGAAGAUAGAGCGCCAGAUUUAUUGAGCAGUUACUUUUUUAUACAAAUUUAAGGCCAUUCUUGGAUGAUUAGUUAGACCACGUCACGUGAAAGGUAACCGCAUCUGAAAAGAGAAAAAACCAAAAGAAUUAAAUUACUAAAUAAUUUGUAAAAUACUCCGAAUAGGCAAGUGGAAACGAUUGCACAACGUUGUGAUAUAAGUACUACGUCUUUCGAGCAAUCCGCGAUCAAAGUAAGAUUACAUAUUGUUUAAAAGUUGAUAUCAAAUGAAUAUUUAUGAUGAUUUCACAUCAGGCUUCCACUGUGCAAGUUAUUUAACCGCAACCAGCGUCCAGCAGUAACAGAACCAAAACGGCGUCAAAGGCGUCGGCUUUAAGAAGAUCGUUGCUAUAGUUACCAGUCGGUAGCAUACAAGUGAGGUUACCUUAAAAGAAUGUAAACAAACAAAAUUAUUAUCUUGCAAUCACUAUUUAGGAACAUCUUAUUAAGCCGCAUACAGAAUUUAGAAGAGCAGGAGUAUAAAUAGAGAAAAUUAGUAAACGUAAGUAACUUACCUAUGAGAUUUAGCCAUAAGUUAAACAAUGAAAUCGUUACAGGAAUUUUUUAAUAUAUUGUAUAUUAAAAACUCGGAAACAACUCUACAUCACUCUUCUAAAAUCCACACUAAUCAUUCUAGUUUAAAUCGGACUUAUAAGUAUUCCACUAGCGAUCAUUCACAGCAAGAAAAAAUCGUGUAAUUUUAGACCGAAAACGAUGCACGAAAACGGAACAUCGAUUUUGAUGUAAAAUUCUAUCACGAUGUAAUUUUUUCAAGAAUGUAAUUUUUGAGGCGUGUAAAUUUAGAUCGAAAACAAUGCACGAAAUCGGACGACGAAAGCCGUCGUGUAAAAAUAUACGGGGAUGUAAAUUUUAAGAUUUAUUAUCGUAAAUAUUAGAAAUCUUUGCUAAAUAUUCAGGUUUUGCUGUUGUCUAUGAAUGAAUACGCUGCUUUUAAAAUUUUAAUUUCGCAUAUAUUUCCAAAAAUAACCUAAAAAGAUAUACACCAUCACGCACAGCGUCAGCCUGGAAUUUUAGUUUCAUCCGAUGAUUUCCAGCACCGUGAUGUUGUACAGAUGGCCGUCACCAGGAUCCUCGAUUCGUCCCAGAACACCAUUAUUUUUCGGUCAGCGUCACCUCCGCCUGACGAAAAUUUCUCCGAAAAAUCACUGCCGCUGCGAAAAAACUGAUCUUGCUGCAAUGGAGAGAUUAAUUUCAACAGCAUUCUUAUUUCAAUAUGACAUUAUUAUGAACCUACCAGCUUUUGAAGGAUUCUGGAAAUGCUAGAGCUACGCCUUCGAUUCGUUUUCGAAUAAUUUUCUUACUUGUUUACUUUGUAUCCGACGCGCGCCACACAAGUGCAUAUUUCCAUUUAAUUUUAAAUCAAACAUACAAUUUUACACUGUUUGUGAUAUAAAAUUCAUUGACCGCUUGAUUUUUACAUCACGGAAUGUAAAAUUAUAGCAAAACAAUGUAUUUCUAUUCACUUUUUGAAAAAAGACUAAAAUUACAUCAAAAGGAGUUGAAAAUUACAUCGUCUUCGAUUUACACUUGUAAAAAAUUAGACUACUCGUGUUUUAGAUUCCGUAUACUUUUAGAAAUUUUUUGCUGUGUUGCAUUAACUGGGCACUCAACAUCGUUAACUGGACUAGAAAGUCCUAAACUGGCGACCAUCGCCUCAACUGGACUUAUAGUCCGCAACUGGCGAUCAACGCUUGAACUGGACUUGAAAGUCCCAAACUGGCGACUAUCGCCUCAACUGGACUUCUAGUCCGCAACUGGCGAUCAACGCCUGAACUGGACUUGAAAGUCCUAAACUGGCGAUCAUCGCCUCAACUGGACAUCUAGUCCGCAACUGGCGAUCAAUUCCCUAAAAAAAUUAAACAGAUAUGAAAAUGCGUGAAAAUUUAUAUUUCGUAAUUGGAUUUUAAUGUUUUGCCUUCCUCAAACUGAAUUUUGGGUUUCAUUUCUUGACCGUGCAACAAAAAAAAAUCAAUUUAUAAAGUGUUCUAAGUUUAUCGUGUAAAAUCAAAUUCGAAAAUCAAGAUCAUAACAAAACGGAUAAAAUUUUCUCUCUUUCAACUGAUUCUCUCUCUCCAAUGAGAGGGAACUAGUGGCGGCUCCAAGCGGUCGUUAUGUGCUGGCGCUUGCCGACACAGGCCAUUGGAGGAGCUGAACUACAAUCUGUCUAUUACGGAAUCACUGGUGAUGAUUCAGAAGUUUCAGCUGGAACUGAUCCAUAUGAGAAGGCUAAACAAACACUUUCUGACCAUUUUGCCCCAAAACAACACGAAAGCUAUGAAAGAUUUGAGUUCUGGACAUUGAAAAAGGGUGAUGACGAACCUAUUGAGAAAUAUUUGAUUCGCAUUAAACAACAGGCUGAAAAAUGUUAUUUUGGAAAAACGGAAGUUGAAAGUCGCCAGAUUGCAAUUUUAGACAAACUUAACCAAAAUGCUCCAGAAGAACUGCGCCGGAAACUGCUUGAGAAACAACACCUGUCGUUGGAUGAUGCCACACGAAUUGUGAACUCAUUUCAAGCGAUUAAGUACCAAGCAGCUCGAAUGAGUCAGCAAACAAAUGCAACGCAAAUCAAUCGAGUUGAUUUCUCUAGAACAUCGCUCAAUAAAAAUAAAUCUAAAAUGGAGUACAUACCAGCUAAAUGUGCCAUGUGUGGUUUUGCCAGACAUCGUGACGGUAUGAGAUGCCCUGCAGUAGGGAAGCAGUGCUUUCGAUGCCAUGACUACGAUCAUCUAGCUAACAUGUGUCCUCAGAACAUUGAAAGAAUAGCUAAAGGCCGGGAUUCAAAUAAGCGAAAAUGGUCUAGUCAACGGAACCAAAAUUAUGACAAACGACCCAAGUAUGUACAUCGAGUGGAAAGCGAGGAGGAGGAAGACAGAAAAGUGCACUUGUCGGUAUACAGGAUUGAUGAUGAAAAAGAUGAAAUGGUGACUUGUGAAAUCGGAGGUGUUUCUAUUGAAAUGUUAAUUGAUUCAGGUUCAACACACAAUCUAAUCGAUGAUCGAACAUGGGAGUUUAUGAAAAUGAAAGGAGUGUCUUACCAAUCUGAAAGAAAAGAUAGUACCAAACGAUUUUUGGCUUAUGGAAGAGUGCCGUUGAACCUGCUUACAGUGUUUGACGCUACUCUAAAUGUAAUCGAUGGAAACGACAUAAUUACAGCGGAUACAACGUUUUACGUCAUCGAAGGAGGUCAGCAGCCUUUACUGGGCAAAGUAACAGCUCAAAACUUGGGGCUUUUAAGAGUUGGACUGCCAAGCUGCGUCAACAAUAAAGUGAAUCGAGUCAACGUAAACAAGUCCUUUCCAAAAAUCAAAGAUUUUCAGCUGACACUUCCUAUUGAUGAUUCUAUACCAGCAGUUAUACAACCACUCCGUCGUUGUCCUAUUCCUAUGUUGCAUAAAGUGAAAGAAAAGUUGGAUGAGCUUUUGAGCGUAGGUAUUAUCGAGCGUGUUGAUAAACCUUCUCCAUGGGUGUCACCGUUGGUUCCAAUUAUCAAAGACAAUGGAGAUUUACGACUUUGUGUAGAUAUGCGAAAAGCAAACAAAGCUAUACAACGGUUGAAUCAUCCGUUACCAGUUUUCGACAACAUCUUACCAAAAUUAAAUGGAGCAAAAUUUUUCACUACACUUGAUGUCAGGCUUUCCAUCAAGUAGAACUGGCGGAAGAAAGUCGAUAUACUACUACGUUCAUCACAAACUGGGGCUUGUUUCGCUAUACCAGAUUAUUAUUUGGAAUAAAUUACGCUCCUGAAUUCUUCCAAAAUCUAAUGGAGUCAAUUCUAGCAGAAUGCAAAAAUACAGUUGUAUUCAUAGACGACAUAGUUGUCUGGGGAGCUACUGAAAUAGAGCACGAUGACGCAGUUAAAACAACUUUAGCUGCAUUGACCAAAAAAGGCAUUGCUUUGAAUGUAAACAAGUGCCGGUUCAAACAAUGCGAAAUAGACUUUUUGGGACAUAAGCUCUCUGGUAAUGGAGUUGCACCAGCUGAUUCCAAAGUGAAAUCCAUACUACAAUGCAGGCCUCCACAGACGAAAGAAGAACUUCGUAGUUUUCUAGGUUUGGUGACCUACGUCGCAAAGUUUAUUCCCAAUCUUGCUAAAGUUAGUCAUCCUGUCCGACAACUGCUUAAGAAAAACAUCCCGUUUCAAUGGAACACCGAACAUCAAAAAUCAUUUGAAGAACUAAAACGCUUGAUUGGAUCUAUAAAACAUUUGGGCUAUUAUAAUCCCAAGGAUCGCACAGUUUUGAUAACCGAUGCUUCAGGCAAGGGCCUUGGGGCAGUACUGCUUCAAUUUAAAGGAGACUGCCCACGUGUCAUAGGCUAUGCAUCUAAAAGCUUAACUUCCGCAGAACAACGAUAUCCGCCCAUUGAGCAAGAAGCACUGGGCAUCAUAUGGGCAGUAGAAAGAUUCAAAAUUUAUCUGUUGGGAAUAACAUUCACCUUAGAAACCGAUCAUCGGCCGCUUGAAGUUUUGUUCUCCACAAACUCCAGACCUACUGCAAGAAUUGAAAGAUGGGUCCUAAGAUUACAGGCAUUUAGAUUCAACGUUGUGUACAGAAGAGGUAAAUCGAACAUUGCCGAUCCUUUGUCAAGGAUGGCCUCCCACAUACAAGACCUAUCGUGGAGUGAUGAUUCUGAUACAUAUAUUUUCCGUAUUGCAGCAGAAAGUUUAUCCACCCUGAAUGAAAAAUUUGAAAUUACAAAUUUUGAUGAUGGUACGGAAAUAGCAAUAAGAGCUAUCCAAGAAGCAGCUGCGAUAGAUAUAAAUGAGAUAAAAACAGCUACUUCUAAGGAUUUGGAGAUGAAUGCUAUACAAAACGCAUUAAUGGCAAACGAAUGGAAAGCGGAAAAUCUUAAACCAUAUUCUGCAUUUCGAGAUGAGUUUUCAUACAUUAACGGCUUGAUUAUGCGGGGUUCUAAGCUGGUCAUCCCGUUUGAACUAAGAGCAAGGAUGUUAGUAUUGGCUCACGAAGGCCAUCCUGGUCAGUCUGCUAUGAAACGUCGACUGAGGGACCGCUGUUGGUGGCCUAAUAUGGAUCAAGAAGCAGUACGUAUAUGUGAAAAGUGCGAAGGGUGUCGAUUGGUUUAGACAUCAGAUCCACCCGAACCCAUGCAACGUAGAUGUCUACCUUCUAAACCAUGGGUGGACAUUGCAAUUGAUUUUCUGGGUCCGAUGCCAACAGGAGAGUAUAUUUUGGUAGUUAUUGACUAUUUCAGUCGAUAUGUGGAACUAGAGGUUAUGAACAUGAUAACGGCUAAAGAGACUGUCAAAAGGUUAUCCAAAAUUUUUGGCGUUUGGGGAAAUCCCAUCACAAUCACUCUGGAUAACGCUAAGCAAUUUGUGUCUUCUGAAAUGGAUGAUUUUUGUAAAAUAAAAGGGAUUCAUUUGAAUCAUAUCACACCGUAUUGGCCGCAAGCCAAUGGGGAGGUGGAAAGGCAGAAUCGUACACUGUUAAAACGCUUAAAAAUUGCAAACGCUAUAAACGGGAACUGGAAAUCAGAAAUUGCCAAUUAUCUCGAAAUGUAUAACAACACCCCACACUCGACCACUGGGAAAGCACCGAGUGAACUGCUCCAAAAUAGGAAACUCCGAUUUAAAUUACCGGACGCAGGAGAUCUUGAAACAACGCCCGUAUCGACUGAUUAUUCUGAUCGUGAUGCAAUCCUCAAGAGAAAAGGAAAGGAAACAGAAGACCAAAAACGUAACGCAAAGGAGAAUUACAUUAAAGCUGGCGAUACAGUGCUCAUGCGCAACCUACUUCCGGGGAAUAAACUCUCAACGAAUUUCUUACCCGAGAAAUUUAUAGUUGAAGAACGAAACGGUUCAGAAUGUCGAAUCAAAUCCAUUGAAACAGGUAAAACAUUCAACAGGAACGUAUCUCACUUGAAAAGAAUUUCAGAUGAGUUUACGGAAUCAACAGCGAACACCGAAACAACCACAGAACUAUCAUCUUUACAGCCGAGAAGAUCUACACGACUUAGGGCUUAUCAAGCCGUUCUUAAAAAUGACAAAGAGUGAUCAAUCAAAUAUCUUUUCAUUGUUAAAGAAAAAUAAUCAUUGAUAUUGAAAUUUAAAAUUAAAGUAUAACAAAAGAAAAAUCUGUUCAAAAUAAUAAUGUUUUAUUUAUUUCAAGGAAAGGGAGAUGUGGUGAUGUACGAAAUCCGCAGCAU